UCAUGCUCGUGGACGUGUCCUUGCAGAUCUUGCCCAUAUCUCCAGGCUCAGUCGAGGGGCCGUGCCCUCCACAAGGCCUUCUGUGGGCCCCUAACAGCGCUCAGCAGACAGACAGCAAGUGCCCAGGGUCCAGGCACAGAACAGGCUCUAGAAAUACUGGAGUGGCCACUCAAUUUUUCCAGUGAAGACUAAAGGCCCCAGGAGCCCAGAGUCAUGCAGCUAGUCUGGUGAUGGAGUGGAGUUGCAGAUAACUUGGGGCCAGCUGAAAUGGGGAGGUCCUGAGGAGAUGCUCAUGAACCUCCUCCCCCUGGUCAUCUCUGCAGCUUGCUGCAGUCCUCAGGGCAGUGAACAAUGUGAGGCAAGAGGGCCUGGGAGUCUCACUGUAGCCCAGCCAGGAGGUGAGCCUGGGUGGGAGGAACCACAGGAAGGAGCACCUAUUGUGUGCUUUCCAGGUAGGGAGAUAGUUCAGAGAGAGUACACACCUGCCUGAACCAUACAGCAUAGAGUGGCAACCUCAGGUGACUGAAGCCAUGCCUCCCCAGGUGGUCACAUGCUGGCCACUCCUGUGAGCUGCUCAACCCAGUGGGCUUGGCCCUGGCUCAGAGCCCUUCGGUGACCCCCCCACCAAGGCUUUAGGAUCAAGACCCUCAAAAUGGCCACUGUGGCCCACAGUGCUUCUUCCCACCCCCACAUUCUCUCACCAUGCUGUCCUUUCAGACCAACAUGUGCACUAGCAGUCCUCAUCCUCCUCUGUGUGGCCGACUCAGCCCUUGCCCUUCCCAGCCUCCCCAAGUCCAGUUCUCAGUUCUGUCCUCACUGCUCCAUGUUCCUCGGUGUCAUGGCACAGUCACCACUGGGCAUUCACAUUCAUUAGUAUGACAUUGAAUCUCCCAGGUCUCUGGGCUCCAGGAAAGCAUGGGCCCUGCCUAGUUCAUCAGUGUACCCCAGUACCUGGAACUCACCAUCAAAUGCCUAUGGGGUGAAUAGACAAGUGGGUGCUCACUCUACAGAAGAAACCAAAGCUCAGAAGGGGUGGCCUACCUAGAGUCUGCAGGUCUUUGACUCACAGGACUACAGGUUGGGAGUCUCUUGGAGGUCCCCUGGUCCAACCUAACACUCCCACUUCCAAGAUGCAAGGAGACACUGCCUCAGUGUCCACAUGCUGGGUGAAGCCACCCACUCCAGACACUCCAGCUCUGCCUGCAUGGUGCUGAGACCUGCCUCCUCCACCAUGUCCCCAAGAAACAAAGAGGCCAAACUGUCUGGCAAGGGCAGGGUAUGAGGGGACAGACUCCACAAAGUGGGUCCAUGGAGUCAGCCAAGAAGGCAGACGUGCAAGGGCAUCCCAGAUGGAACAUUUGGGGCACAGGAGAAGGGGGGGUCAUACUCCUGGGACCUAGCUGCAAAUCCCCACAGCUCCUUUUGAGACACAAAGGAGUGAAAUCCUGGUCAUUUAAGCCAAAAAGAGCCCCCAGGAGAAAGGUAGGCAACAGCUAAAGCUAUUAACAAUGGAAGUUCUAAGGAGCUGAGAUCGGGCUUCAGAGAGGCCUGGGUGGCUGCUAGAGGGCAGUUGCUGCUGUGGGUCUGCCGUGCUGAGGCCAGUCACUCCUGCCUGGCACCUGGACUCCGGCUCCCCUGCUCCCACCAUCUUCCACACAGACCUCCAGACACAGGAAGCUCUCCGCGUGCUCUAGAUACAUCCAUACAGCUGUGCUCUGGCCAACACAUUAUAUCCGCCUGGCACCAUCUGCCUCCUGUCAACCUGGAAGAGCCCUACUGAUCCUCCGUGUGCCAGCUUCAUCAUCGGCACUCAACUACCCACGCAGAAGCAAGCCUUUUUCCCUCUUUCCCAUACACCGAGCACAUGGCACGCUUGUCCUGGCAACUUGCUACAUGGGGGCACAGGAUGCCUGUGACAGAGAACAAAUGAACAGCAGGGCUUCAGAAGUACCUAACGAGAUGCAUACAGGAGGCUGUGUUUUCCAAAGCAGAACUCCAUACGUGUGUCCUGAAAAAGGGGUUUCACAUUGUUUCCAGAUGCAAAAGAUGAUCUGAAAAAUGCAAACAAUGUGCUUCACAGGGUUCCAACAGCCACUCCAUGCCAUACCUCACCAAGGCCCAGAGACAUAAUUUAGGACUCCUCUUCACCUAGGUGCUUGUUCUUAACAGUCGACGCUCUGGGUGCUGCCAGGAACCCCAGCACUGCCUGGGGCCCCACCCACUCGCUAACCAGAGCGCCAGCCCCUCCUCUGUCUCCCUCUGCUGUCUGGUCUUCACAGGGCUGCCCUGGUCCAGCCUGCUCUUGCAUGGUCAAAGGCACUGGCCUCCACUCACCCCAAAGCCCAUUCUCUAAGUUGACAUCUUAAAACAUGACUUGGGUCAUGGCUCUUCCUGCCCUGGGCCCUGCAAUGGCUGCCCAUCACUCAGGGAAAAGCUUCCACUUACCUUCUCCCCACCUCCAUCCUGAUUGUGGGACUCAGACAUUCUCAAAACAAGCCCUUUCCUCUCCCAGGCUCUUCUCUACCUGGAUGCUUUACCACCUUCUCUACCUAACUGAAGCCUGGCCCAUCCUCCAGGCCUGCCUCAGCUCUCAGAACGCAUAUCUGCUGGCCCUGGGUCCGCAGCACACCAAGCCCUGCCUGUCCUUCCACCCCACACACAUCUGCUGACUGCAACAGGAGCAGCAGCACUUAUCCACCCAGCUCUCCAUCCCUAACAGGAGCUGCUCUUGCCCACCAAGCGUGGAACCACUGUGGGCCUAACCAGACCAGGGCAGUCUCUCCCAGGCACCGCCAGCUCCAAGGACACAAGUCCUAGAUGGGGUUUUCUUCACAUCCCAAAGAAGCUGCAGGAAAAUCAGCCCUAGUGGGACAUGGACCAAUGCAGGGUCAGCCCCAUAGCCAGGAGAGGGAAACUGGGAUGAGGCUGGCACUCUGGCUGGACCUGGGAAGCCCCUGACUCAUGACAGGGAAGCCACGGCAAGGAGGAAGAGCAGGGAGGAUUACCACAGUCCUGAGUGUUGGCUUUUUUCCAGUGAGUGGGGAGUGAGCGUUCCUGCCAGGCCAGCCGGGCUUCCAUGGUUCCAGGGGCCCUGUUCCCCCCAGCCCAGUCCCCACUCCCGGCAGCCUGGCUUUAUGACUUCACAUGCUGAAGUCACGCGGAGACAAUGCUGAGCGUUCCACCCCUCUAAGUCCAGGCCAGCCCAGCCAGACCGGCUCCCCACACUGUAAAUGAGGACAAUGCCUGCUGGUCCACGUGGGGAGGGGAUGUAGAGGACAGCGGCGCCAGCCGUUCCUGGCACCAUGGACGAUGCCGCGGUCCUAAGGAAGAAGGGUUACAUCGUGGGCAUCAAUCUUGGCAAGGGCUCCUAUGCAAAAGUCAAAUCUGCCUACUCUGAGCGCCUCAAGUUCAACGUGGCAGUCAAGAUCAUCGACCGCAAGAAAACACCCACCGACUUUGUGGAGAGAUUCCUUCCUCGGGAGAUGGACAUCCUGGCAACUGUAAACCACCGCUCCAUCAUCAAGACCUACGAGAUCUUCGAGACCUCAGAUGGGCGCAUCUACAUCGUCAUGGAACUCGGCGUCCAGGGCGACCUCCUUGAGUUCAUCAAGUGCCGGGGGGCCCUGCAUGAGGAUGUGGCACGCAAGAUGUUCCGCCAGCUCUCCUCAGCCGUCAAGUACUGCCACGACCUAGACGUUGUACACCGAGACCUCAAGUGUGAGAACCUUCUCCUCGAUAAAGACUUCAACAUCAAACUAUCUGACUUCGGCUUCUCCAAGCGCUGCCUGCGGGAUGGCAGUGGGCGCAUCAUCCUCAGCAAGACCUUCUGUGGGUCAGCGGCGUACGCGGCCCCCGAGGUGCUGCAGGGCAUCCCCUACCAGCCCAAGGUCUAUGACAUCUGGAGCCUGGGUGUGAUCCUCUACAUCAUGGUCUGCGGUUCCAUGCCCUAUGAUGAUUCCAAUAUUAAGAAGAUGCUGCGCAUCCAGAAGGAGCACCGGGUGGACUUCCCACGCUCCAAGAACCUAACGGGCGAGUGCAAGGACCUCAUCUACCGCAUCCUGCAGCCAGAUGUCAACCGGCGGCUGCAGAUUGACGAGAUCCUCAGCCACUCGUGGCUGCAGCCCCCCAAACCCAAAGCCAUGUCUUCUGCUUCCUUCAAGAGGGAGGGUGAGGGCAAGUACCGAGCCGAGUGCAAACUGGACACCCGGCCGGGCUCUCGGCCUGAGCACCGGCCUGACCACAAGCUGGGGGCCAAAACCCAGCACCGGCUGCUGGUGGUGCCUGAGAACGAGGACAGGAUGGAGGACAGGCUGGCCGAGACCUCCAGGGUGAAAGAGCAUCAUGUCUCCGGAGCUGAGGUGGGGAAGGCAGGCACCUAGGGUGCUGAGGGCCGGGGGGUGUGGUGCAUGGUGGCGCCCACAUAAACUAAGUAGGCAGGUAGGAGCUGAAGAAGGCACAGGUGCAAGGAACAAGUAAAAUCCAUCAAUUAAACCACUAUUUUGAUUAC